UAGCAGGCUCGGCGGGGGGCGGGGCCAGACCUGCGGCGGGCGCUGCUCGGGCCGGCAAGAUGGCGGUCCUGGCACCUCUAAUCGCUCUUGUGUACUCGGUGCCGCGACUUUCACGAUGGCUGGCCCGACCUUAUUACCUCUUGUCAGCCCUGCUCUCUGCUGCCUUCCUACUGGUGAGAAAGGUGCCCCCGCUCUGCAGCAGUCUCCCCACGCAGCGCGAAGACGGCAACCCGUGUGACUUUGACUGGAGAGAAGUGGAGAUCCUCAUGUUCCUUAGUGCUAUUGUGAUGAUGAAGAACCGCAGAUCGAUCACCGUGGAGCAGCAUAUUGGCAACAUCUUCAUGUUCAGUAAAGUGGCCAAUGCCAUUCUUUUCUUCCGCCUGGAUAUUCGCAUGGGCCUGCUCUACAUCACACUGUGCAUCGUGUUCCUGAUGACGUGCAAACCCCCUCUGUAUAUGGGCCCUGAGUACAUCAAGUACUUCAGUGAUAAAACCAUCGAUGAAGAGCUGGAGCGGGACAAGAGGGUCACAUGGAUCGUGGAGUUCUUUGCCAACUGGUCUAAUGACUGCCAGUCCUUUGCUCCUAUCUACGCUGAUCUCUCUCUCAAGUACAACUGUACAGGGCUAAAUUUCGGGAAGGUGGAUGUCGGACGCUACACUGACGUUAGUACAAGGUACAAAGUGAGUACAUCGCCCCUCACCAAGCAGCUCCCAACCCUGAUCCUGUUCCAGGGUGGCAAGGAGGUCAUGCGGCGGCCGCAGAUUGACAAGAAAGGACGAGCCGUAUCUUGGACUUUCUCUGAGGAGAACGUGAUUCGAGAAUUCAACUUGAAUGAGCUUUAUCAGCGGGCCAAGAAGCUAUCUAAGACAGGAGAUAACAUCCCAGAGGAGCAGCCUGUGAGCCCUACCCCCACUGCAGCGCCUGCUGAGGAGAGCAAGAAGGACAAAUAGGGGGGCCCCUGCCUGCCCGAGGCCCCUGGGAGGCCCUGCCCCUUCUCUAAUCACAAGCCCUGCCUGAGGCUUUGGCCUUUUAUUUAUGUUUCCCCUGUGAGGCUGGGUUGGGUGCUGCUUCUGAUUUUAAAGAGGCAUCCAGGGAAUUGUCAGUUAUCCUGCAGCAAGGCUCCUAGCACUGUGGGCAAGUGUUACUGGAAGGGGAGCGAUGGCGUACAGUGAAGGAAAAACCGCCGGUCAGCGUGUCAGCUGCUGUCCACCCGUGUGUGGUUUCCUCUUAGCCACCUACACAGCUACUUACACUAGCUUCAACCCUAACAUUAGAUGCCACGGUGCAGAGGCAGCGCUAAGAUUUUCCAUCUAAAGAACCUUGCUUCUUUAGGCCCUUCUGCCUUGGUCUGUGGCCUUCAUAAAGUCUCUGCCUAACUUGGCUACUUACUGGUUCCAGGGAGAGGCCGCGGAGUUUCUCUUUGAGACAGUAUUGAAUAACCCCGCGAUCUCGUGGAGACUGGGAGGAAGGGGUCCGGUAGAGACUACCCUGAGUGCGGUGGAGCCUAAAGGGAAAACACCCGGGUAGGGUUGAGCUUUCUUCUUAACCUUCCGACCGGCUCCCCCAGCCAGUUGGCGGCGGCCUGGUUUUCCAUAAUAAAGACACUGGAAUUUCCUUUUGA